AUGGCUUCACGAUCCAUGGAAAGCCUGCCAGACUCAGGCCACGAAAAUGGAUCAACAUCCAACCACUCGAGCCAUGAUCCCCAGCACUCCACUGGCAGUACUUACGGCCAGUCUUCGAUCUCGCGAGCCAACACAAUGAUCAUGGAUGAGCAAGACCGGCAAGAACUUCAUAGACUUGCUACCGGAAUUUCACAGCAUCGCAGACAAAGCGUUAGCAGCCUUGCCUCGACAAUUCCAGUUGACGAGGAACGAGACCCUGCACUAGACCCUACAAACAAAGCUUUCGACCUUUCAAAAUGGUUGCCCUCCUUCAUGCACCGAUUGCAGGACGCUGGUGUCGGACCCAAGAGUGCAGGAGUUGCCUUCAAAGACCUCAGUGUUUCCGGUACGGGAGCGGCUUUGCAGCUACAAAAAACUCUCGGCGAUGUGCUACUAGGGCCAUUGCGCAUUGCACAGUACCUAAGGUCGGGCAAGAAGGAACCAAAAACGAUUCUCCACCGGUUCGACGGCCUUCUCCAGGGAGGCGAGACUCUCAUCGUACUCGGUCGCCCAGGUUCCGGAUGUUCGACACUACUCAAGACGAUGACCGGAGAGCUCCAAGGCCUCAGUGUUAGUCAGCAUUCGAUCAUUACAUACAAUGGUGUCUCCCAAAAGGACAUGAUGAAAGAGUUCAAGGGCGAAACAGAGUACAACCAAGAGGUUGACAAGCAUUUUCCACAUCUGACUGUCGGUCAAACGCUCGAAUUUGCAGCAGCAUGCCGCAUGCCCUCCAAUGCUGAGACAGUCCUUGGAAUGAGCCGCGACGAAGCCUGCAAGAGUGCCACCAAGAUUGUCAUGGCAGUCUGUGGUCUGACUCACACGUACAAUACAAUGGUCGGCAACGAUUUCAUCCGUGGUGUCUCGGGAGGAGAACGCAAACGUGUUAGUAUCGCUGAAAUGAUGCUGGCGCAAUCCCCCAUGGCUGCGUGGGACAACAGUACACGAGGCUUGGACUCGGCGACUGCGUUGAAGUUCGCUGCGGCCAUUCGUUUGGCGUCUGACUACACUGGAUCAGCCAACGCCCUGGCUAUCUAUCAAGCUAGUCAAGCCAUUUAUGACCUUUUCGACAAGGCCGUAGUUUUGUAUGAGGGUCGACAAAUCUACUUUGGACCAGCAAACAAAGCAAAGGCCUACUUCGAGAGGAUGGGCUGGCAAUGCCCUCAACGCCAAACCGUGGGCGACUUCUUGACCUCCGCCACGAACCCCCAAGAGAGAAAGGCCCGACCAGGAAUGGAAAAGUCAGUGCCUCGUACCGCGGAAGAGUUCGAGAGGUAUUGGCAUAACUCGCAAGAAUACAAGAUACUGCGAGAGGAGAUUGAGCGGUAUCAGGGAAAGUAUCACGUCGACAACCGAUCCGAGGCCAUGGCUCCGCUACGAGAGCGCAAGAACCUGAUCCAAGAGAAGCACGUCCCACGCAAGUCCCCAUACAUCAUCAGCCUCGGAACGCAGAUUCGCCUGACCACCAGGCGAGCUUACCAGCGAAUCUGGAACGAUAUAGUCGCAACCGCCACACACACUAUAACACCAAUCAUCAUGGCUGUUAUAAUUGGCUCUGUAUACUACGGUACAGAAGACGAUACCGGUAGCUUCUACUCCAAAGGAGCUGUGCUCUUCAUGGGUGUUCUGAUAAACGGCUUCGCAGCCAUUGCUGAGAUCAACAAUCUUUAUGCGCAACGCCCCAUCGUUGAGAAACAUGCAUCUUACGCCUUCUAUCAUCCCGCAGCUGAAGCUAUCUCUGGAGUUGCGGCUGAUAUACCUAUCAAGUUUGUUUCCGCAACGGUCUUCAACAUUGUCCUUUACUUCAUGUCUGGACUUCGCCGAGAAGCUGGGGCCUUCUUCCUCUAUUUCCUCAUAUCGUUCAUCUCCACAUUUGUCAUGUCAGGCAUCUUCCGUACCUUGGCAGCUGUUACCAAGACAGUUUCGCAAGCUAUGACACUGGCUGGCCCCAUGAUUCUGGCGCUUGUGAUUUACACAGGUUUCAUGAUUCACGUACCACAAAUGGUUGACUGGUUUGGUUGGAUCAGAUGGAUUAACCCGAUUUACUAUGCCUUCGAGAUCCUGGUCUCCAACGAGUUCCAUGGCCGAGACUUUGAGUGCUCGACUUACAUCCCUGCCUAUCCUCAACUCAUCGGGGAUUCAUGGAUCUGCUCAACAGUUGGAGCUGUGGCCGGCCAACGGGCAGUCAGCGGUGAUGACUUUAUCGAGACGAACUAUGAAUACUACUACUCGCAUGUCUGGCGUAACUUUGGCAUUCUGCUGACGUUUCUUGUCUUCUUCAUGGCCGUCUACUUCACAGCGACCGAGCUGAACUCAAAGACAUCCAGCAAGGCCGAAGUACUCGUCUUCCAGCGCGGUCGCGUUCCUGCCCACCUGCAAUCUGGCGCGGACAGGAGUGCCAUGAACGAGGAGCUUGCUGUCCCCGAGAAGAAUGCGCAAGGGACUGAUACCACUACCGCACUUGAGCCUCAAACCGACAUCUUUACUUGGAGGGAUGUUGUAUAUGACAUUGAGAUCAAGGGAGAGCCUCGACGUCUUUUGGAUCAUGUCACUGGUUGGGUCAAGCCCGGUACUCUAACAGCUCUGAUGGGCGUCAGUGGCGCUGGAAAGACGACCCUCCUCGAUGUUCUAGCCCAGAGAACAAGCAUGGGUGUUAUUACAGGAGACAUGUUUGUCAAUGGUAAGCCACUAGACGCCAGUUUCCAGAGGAAAACAGGUUACGUUCAGCAGCAAGAUCUCCAUCUUGAGACUUCUACUGUUCGUGAAAGUCUCCGAUUCAGCGCUAUGCUUCGCCAGCCAAGUACCAUUAGUACCCACGAGAAAGAGGAAUGGGUUGAGAAAGUCAUUGACAUGCUCAACAUGAGAGACUUUGCCAGCGCCGUUGUGGGUGUCCCUGGUGAGGGUCUCAAUGUUGAGCAGCGCAAACUUCUGACUAUCGGAGUCGAGCUGGCUGCUAAGCCCAAGCUUCUUCUUUUCCUCGAUGAGCCGACAAGCGGUCUGGACUCUCAGAGUUCUUGGGCCAUUGUUGCCUUCCUCCGGAAAUUGGCAGACGCCGGGCAGGCUAUUCUUUGUACUGUCCAUCAGCCCAGUGCUAUCUUGUUCCAAGAGUUUGACAUACUGCUUUUCCUUGCACAAGGUGGCAGAACUGUCUACUUUGGCGAUAUUGGCGAGAACUCACGUACUCUCCUCAACUACUUCGAGAGACAGGGAGCUCGAGCCUGUGGCGAUGAUGAAAACCCCGCUGAAUGGAUGCUUGAGAUUGUCAACAACGCCAGAAGCUCGAAGGGAGAGGACUGGCAUACUGCUUGGAAGGCAAGUCAGGAGCGAGUUGAUGUUGAGGCUGAAGUGGAAAGGAUCCAUUCAGCCAUGGCAGAAAAAGCCUCCGAGGAUGAUGCCGCCAGUCAUGCAGAAUUUGCAAUGCCGUUUAUCGCUCAGCUUCGCGAAGUCACUAUCAGAGUCUUCCAGCAGUACUGGAGGAUGCCAAACUACAUUAUGGCGAAGGUGGUCCUCUGCACAGUCUCUGGUCUCUUUAUUGGCUUUUCGUUCUUCAACGCCGAUUCUACCUUUGCCGGCAUGCAGAACAUCUUGUUCUCUGUCUUUAUGAUUAUCACUGUAUUCACUGCCGUGGUUCAACAGAUCCAUCCUCAUUUCAUUACCCAGCGGGAGUUGUACGAAGUCCGGGAGCGUCCCAGCAAGGCAUAUUCUUGGAAGGCGUUCUUGAUCGCCAACGUGGUUGUUGAGGUGCCUUACCAGAUUGUCACUGGUAUUCUAAUGUUUGGUGCCUUUUACUACCCCGUUAUUGGUAUCCAGGGUUCGGCUCGUCAAGGUCUCGUGCUGUUGUUCAUGAUACAGCUUAUGCUGUACGCAAGUUCUUUUGCGCAGAUGACAAUUGCGGCGCUUCCAAACGCGCUCACUGCGGCUUCAAUCGUCACCCUCCUGGUCCUUAUGAGUUUGACCUUUUGUGGUGUCCUUCAGCCACCUGGCGAGCUCCCAGGGUUCUGGAUGUUCAUGUAUCGUGUCAGUCCCUUCACCUACUGGCUGGCUGGUAUUGUCUCGACCAUUUUGGCUGGUCGUCCGAUUGAGUGUUCGGAGGACGAGACUUCUACCUUCAACCCGCCUUCAGGAACGACGUGUGGCGAAUACAUGGCCGAGUACUUGAAGCUGGCACCAGGAAAGCUGCAGAACCCGGAGGCUACGCAGGAAUGUCAGUACUGCGCGCUGGUCAAUGCGGAUCAGUUCUUGGCUAAUAGCAAGAUCUACUGGGGUGAGAGAUGGCGCAAUUACGGUCUUGUGUGGGCGUAUGUUGCAUUCAACAUCUUUAUUGCUGUUUUGUCUUAUUAUGCAUUCCGUGUUAAGAAGUGGAAUUUGGGAAAGAAGAAGAGGGCUUGA